AUGAAGCUAAAAAAUUUCUUCAAAAGCAUCCCAACACAUAUGGUUUGUUUAUAUUUGAAUCGCCCUCACACUAUGUUUUCUCUUUAGCGAUCUGAAAUGUGAAUUGUCAGUACAUAUUUAUUCAACGAACCAACAUUAUUUCUCUGUUGCUACAGGACUAUGAAGGACAGAAACUAGCAGAGCGACUAUUCCAUAUCAUAAUCCUAUUCUUUGGUGUAAGUCACAUGUCAAAUUACAUGUAUUGUUUGAUAAUACGGUUGGUAUAUGUUGGAUUAUGAUAUGUACCAUGUGGUAUUGCAUCGAUCCCGAGAUGGUCAAAUUUCAGGGGAAGUGCAGAUUUCACCCCUUUCCCUUCCCCAGAGCCACUCGUUUUAACCUUCAUGUACCUUGAUGAGAAGAAUGAUAAAAACUUCUUUUUUUUUUGGUUGAUAGAGCAGGUUUUAAUUUAGUCUUGAAAGUAAUCGGGGAUUGUUUUGUUUGUGCUUUUAACUUUACUCUUUGAUUGGUUUAUAAAACUUGUGCCACCUGACCUUAACCAAUCACAUGCGAAACCAAAACCAAUCAUUAUACUUGUUCCUGGGCUUUAGGGGCAGUUUGGUCAGUUUUACUUUGAGUUCUCAUUGGCUCUUAAACAUAAAUUCCUUUGUUCUGACUUUCCGUUAUGAUUACUUUGCAUUUGGUUUCACAUGGCCUAAUCAAAAACUGCCCUAAAAAAGGGAAUGUGCACCAAGAAUUAAAUCACUGAGUACUUAGAUCCCUGUCACCUAAUGAAUCUUAAAAUUUGAUUGUUGUCGUCUGAGUCAAGAGUAUACGUCAAUGUUUUAAGCUGAAAGAAAGUUUUUGAAUGGAAAUGAAUCCAUCCAAAAACCAGAAAGAUUUCUUUACAAGUUAGAGCAAUGGAACUUGGCAGUAGAUUCAGAAAGUUUCAGGUAGAGUGUAUAUGUAAACUGUAUGUCGAUGACCAAGAGGGAAAGCUUAACUAGACAUGGUCUGUUUGUGAGUCCUUGUGAAAUGAAAAGUAGACAAUUGAAUUUUCAGUGUGUCUUGAUUGGAAUAUCUGAAUGAAAUAAAAUGUAGAUGCAGUGAUGUAGUACUUUUCUCCCAGUACAUUGUAGAGCAUCAGUGUUUGAAUUUGUAUCAGUGAAAUUUUCUUAACUGAAAUUCAUUGAUAAUUCCUUUGAUCUGUGGUUUAUAUGGGUGCUACCACCAACUUAGCUAAGUUGGGAUCAAGGCAAACUCUGGAGGGUCCUUAACUCUCGUGGAUUGGCCUGCCUGUGACAGUCUUAGGUGCCUUUCAAGCCUCUUAUAUCAUCAUUUUGUGAGAAAACUAGUCAAUGCUCUUCUUGUACCUUUUUUCUUAAGCCAAAUGUGGCAUUCCUUUCUGUUUACUUUACCAUUCUGUCUGUAUAUUUAUUAAAUUGAACAUGUUCUGUUAUUCUCUUUUUAACAGGUGGUAGGCUUUGCUUGGGGAUAUUACAUACAACAGUUUGGUGCAACUAUAAUCAUUCUAGCAGCUGGAUUUAUAGUCAGCUGUUUGGUAAGUGCUGAAAAAUUUCCUCAAGGUCCUUUAAUGCUUAACUUGAGUGGAUGUAAGCAAUUAGUUUUUCCUCCUUUAGCUCAGCUGUACAUGCAAACAACAUUUACAAUUUUUAACACCUUUCAUGAUCAUCAUGUGCAAUUAAAACCUUUCAAGAGGAUUUACGAGAUUCUUCACUGAAAUCUUCCCAAAUUCCCCGCUGGGGGAUCUAAAUUUAUGUAGUGUUAGUCAGAAAUAAAUUACUGUGGCAGAGGAACAAAAAGUGGUUUUAGUAAGUAACAGAGAGGAAAAACUGGGACUUUAAAAAAAAAUGGUACAUCAGUCUGGGGAUGGAAGGGAGCAAAGAUGCAGUUGUUGCAGACACCAAAAAGCACAGCUCUUGAAUUUACAAGUGUUAUCCAUCAACCCUGACCCAUACAGCAAACCCAUGCUCCCUUGCAAGAUGCCUGCACUACUGACUGUAUGUACUGUGUGAUAUGUUUCAGCUGGUGUUGCCUCCAUGGCCUAUGUACAGAAGAAAUCCACUGGACUGGCAGAAGCCACGCCCAGAGAAAGCAGACACGAAAAAAGAAGGAGGAAAAAAGAAGCAAAAGUGAAUCCUAGAUUACAUUCUGGUAGAGCUAGCUUUGUAAUAAAUUAUUAAAAUGUACUACCAAGUGAUAAAUGUCUGCUUAUGUGACUUCCUUACUUUAUACAAUGAUAUGGAUUUUGGCGAGUUGUAAGUUGAUCAAAAUUUCAUACAUUGUAGCCAAAAAUUAUAACUGAAUAUGGCAGGAGAAUUGAUCUGGCAACCCAAAGUUUCCCACAGUCCUGAGUUUAAUCUCAUAUACUGUGGGAUGCAUCUGGCCUUGAUAAUCAUUACUGGAAACAACUCGUCUUCUCUGAUAAAGCAGUGGGAAUGUUAUUCAGAAAAAAAAAAUUCACCAUUCUGUUUGUUGCAUUGCAGACAGCAUAUACAUAUACUCAAAAUACUCUUAUGAAGCCUAAAUGGGAAGAGAUGGGUUAUCAGGAUCUAAAUUGAAACAUGCUAAAGAACUUGAGGAACUGUUAUUGUUCUUUGUAGCAUUAAACUUCUCUUCACACCAGCUGUUUUUCAGCUUUAUAUAUUUGUAGUCAAACAGUUGCCUGAUCAGUUUGUUAAAUUAUAUAUAUAAAUAUAUAUAAUUUACAUUUAUA